ACGCCGACAGAGGGAGAUGCUUGCCAUGCGGGCGGCAGUUUCGGGAGCACGGAGCAUGGUGACGCGUGCGAUGGCAGUUCACGGAAUGGGAGCUUCGUCGCGGAAGGGAGCUGCACUGGUGGCAAACAUGAGCCUGGUGGGCCGGGUGGGCUCGGUGGUGCCGGCGAGCCGGGCAUUCGGAGGGCGCCAUUCCUCGGCCACGAUCCGCCGGCUGUCGGCGGAGGCUGGCAGCGGGGCGGGCAAGGCGGCUAAGAAGAGCAGCUCGCGCCGGUGGCCUUGGGUGGUGGCCGGCCUGGUCGGUGCUGGGGGCGUGGCGGCGGUCUACUUCCGCAGGCUGGCCAAGAACAAGGCUGUCUCGCCUGAAGAGUUCCACGCGCCGCAGGCCGAGGCCAUCGCCGAGCUCCUCGCCGACAAGAAGGCGCUCGACGCGAGCAAGGUCACGCUCUUUGCAUACUCGGCAUGCCCGUUCUCGGGCAAGGUCCGGGCCUUCCUCACCUAUCACAGCAUUCCAUUUAAUGAGGUCGAGGUCGAGCCGAUGUUCAAGUCGGAGAUCGCCGACGUGCCGUACUCCAAGGUGCCCCAGCUGACGUUGGCCCGAAACGGGCUUCAGGCCCGGCUGGUCGACUCGGAUGCGAUUGUCAACUAUCUUGCACCGCUGGUUCUCUCUGCGCCUGAGCUGCACGCGCUCAACAACGACCCGGACGUGCUCAAGUGGCGCGAGUGGACCUCGCAGCACCUCGUCCGCCUCAUCGUGGUGUACAUCAAUCAGUCGCUCGCGUCAGCCGUCGCCGGCUACGACUACAUCGAGCGUUUCGACGCCAUCCCUUGGUACAACAAGCUCUUCCUCAAGGUUGUCGGCGCCCCGGUCAUGUUCCUCGUCUCCAAGUUUGUCACCCGCUCGCGGCUGGCCAAGCUCGGCUACACCGACGAUCAGCUCGACUCGGUCUCGACCCUUCACGCCGAAAUCGACGCCUUUGUCUCGCAGGGUCUCGCCGGCCGCGACUUUCACGGCGGCGACGCGCCCGACAUCGUCGAUCUGGAGAUCUACGGCGUCAUCCACGCCAUGCAGGGCCAUGCCGUCCACGACGGCCUCCUCACUCACACCGGCAUUGGCGCCUGGCUCGCCCGCAUGGAAGCCCUCUUUACCGCCCGCGCCGCUCUGGCUCUCCAGGCCUAGACGGCUGCACCCGAUCGGAUGACUGUAAACGAGCAAACAAAGCGUC